AUGAGCGCGUCCGUCGCGAACAAUUUUCGGCAACGGUUGCAAUUGCCAACGCCGCAGUCGCAUCUGGCUCCAACGGCGUCUGCGGGCGCAUCGUUGAUACCUUUGCACGAUAUGGACCUCGAGGCCUGGGGUCACCUUGUCUUGCCCGUUGGAGCUGAGCCGAGGCGUCAUCCCGCAUCGCUUGCGACAGUGGUCAAGAAGACGGCUAGGCGCGCCAGUCCGCCUCUCUCCAGCUGCGGUCAGUCGGCCGUUGCAUCAUACAAAGUCGUGCAUACAUGCUGCCGGGAGGCGGCGCGCGGCGUGGCGGCGGCCACUGCGGGAAUUAGCCACCCAUGGAGGAAACCCCAGCAGCCGUAG